AUGCCCGACAACAUGGACUCGUUGCCGACUCCAGCAACUCGGGCGGAAGCCUUCUGGCAAGAAGCCAAGAAAAUCCGACACAAGAUCCUACGUGAUAUCGAGCAGCUGAAGAAGGGAUCUAGCGGCAAGACUGAAGAAGAGCAGUUGAAAUCGCUGGAAGAGAGCAUGGCCCAAUUUCGGCUGCGGUUUGUCUACACGCUUGCCGAGGAUCCUAAGUACAUCUACGAGUUAGAUGCAGAGGAUGCGAUGUGGCAGCUUCACAUAUACAUCAACAAGGCCUACCGAGAUCUAUUCAACGAGCGUCUCCGAGGCCAACCACACGUCGUGACAAAGCGCAAAGUGGAGAAGCUUUACAAUAACUAUCUGAAGACCGCCCACGACUUCUACAAGAUCUACUUCCAACGCCUUCAAGCGCUGCAUGGCAUGCCGCAGAUUCCUAGGAUAAACAGCGCCCUGAAACUACAAGCCCCCGACGUCGAGCAGCGCGAGGGCCAAAUUGUGACCGCCGAGGCCGCCCAGAAGUCAUUUCACUCAACCCUGCUUCAUCUCGGUGAUCUUUCUCGCUGGAGACACAAAGCUCGACCGAAGCCCGAUGGCUCGAAGAUGGCUCUGCUAUACUAUGCUCUGGCGCACGACCUCAAGCCGAACUCAGGGGAUGCGCACCACCAAAUGGGGAUGAUCUACACGGAAGAGCACAAUCAUUUACUCGUUGUCUACCACCUCUACCGGUCGCUAGCGAUUGAGCUUCCUCAUGGGAACUCGACGCGCAACCUAGAGAUCGAGUUCAAGCAGAUCCUGCAGUCCUCCACACCCACCAGACGAACAGGUACUCCGGAUCCCAACGAGGCCUUUUCCAACUGGUUCGUGAGGCUUCAUGCUCACUUCUACAAGGGUGACCCGUUCACCCAACAGUCCGAGCUGGAAGAGACCGUGCUCCACCGACUUGAGGCAAUGUUGAAAAAGCCAGACACUUUGCCUGUUGUGUUGAAGAUGGUGUUUAUCAACAUUUCAGCCUACUACGUCGCACGAUCCAGGGUCGAGAAGAAAUGGAGUCUAGGUGCUUCCAAUUCAUGCCAAUUCAUCUUAGGGAUGAACGUCAGGUGGAUUGUAGCACUGUCUCGCCUCCUUCAAUCCGAGCUGCAAGAGUUCUCAAAAGCUGCGGCGCCUGCGAAAGAAACGGGCGAUACCAAGCACGGCGAAUCACCCAAGAGCGCUGAGAAGUUCAGCCCCUUCACGGAGAACCUCCUACCACUGAUGCGUAUCUACAUGGCCUGGCUAUACAUCUAUCGAGCCGACAUUGUGGAGUAUCAAGAGCACCUAGGAGGUCACGUCUUUGACAUGUACCGGAUCCUGGCCCAAACCCUGACUACCAUAACAAAAGAGUUCCAAGGCCAACAGAUGGUAGCAUCGCCAUAUCUCCUUCCCGAGGACGUCAUAGCCUUGGGUAUGAAGCCAUUCGAUGAACCUGGCAUGGCCUCGGUCUGCCGACUCCACUUUGCGUUCGGCAAAGAUACGUUCAAGCCACAUUGGGAGGAUACCGGGCUUCCGAGAAAUGAACCAGAUGUGGAGUUAAGGGCUCGUGUCUGUGACCUUAUAAACUGUGGCUUUUCUCUCUCUCUUGACGAUACGUUCCCGUUGGCUGCGAAUCCACCUGCAGAGGGCUCUGAUGGAGUUAUUACAAUUUCCUACGUCGAGGGAGGUAAAGCCGCACAACCUGCCCAGCACGAACCCAUCAGGUCCCAGCCUGUGCAGGCCGAUGUUCAAGUCGAUCAGCUUGAGGGACAACUCCGCAACCUUCGUCCAGCAAGCAGGACUGGUCUUCCUGGGCGAAAUGGGAUGCAGGCAGUGGGCAAUCUCGGCCGCGAGCACACCAGAGUCCCGUCUGGCUCCGCUGCGAUUGAAGGAAGCCCCGAACUUCCGACGAACGACAUUGACCCUCUGGAGACGGAAUCAGAGCUGAAUCUUGAUGCGAAGAUGCACAACAUGGUCGAUGACCUCCUCGACGAUGACAGUUCGGACCUGAUGGGUGCGCACCCCGGGCGAGGAUCCGCCGCUCAGCCCAAGACCUCAUCCUACGGCAUGCACUCUGCGACAGCUGAGCAAGUUUUUGGUGGACUCCAGACACCUGGUCAUGCACCAGGUGUUGUCUUUGGAAAGCCGAAUCCUUGGGGCUCCUUUGUGAGCCCACCCCAGACAGUUCCAGCUCGUGGCGAGCCGGUGGGUUCUCAAUACAGUGAGAGAACACAUUUCAGCACCGGCUCUCCAAACCAAGCGCAAAGAGCUUCGAGCACGUCUUCAUUGCAGCCGAACGUCCCAGAUUUCACUCCUGGUCCCAACUUGCAACGAGGCUCGGACACUUUUGCUUUGUUUCCUACGGGCAACACUCCAGCACCUGGUAAUCAGUUUGGCCAAACAAACUUUGGAACUUCCGUCCGCCCAUCAUCUGGUCUUUCUGGGACACUGCAAGGGAGUCGCGGUGGUUUUGGCCAUGCCAGACAGCGACUCGGCGGGUCCACGGGGAGCAGUGGAGCCUCGUCAUUCUUCUCGCCCAAGGACAAUGCUGGUGCUUAUGAGAUUGCUUCUGGAGCGCACGCAACUGGCCAGAUCAACAACGGUCGCUCGAAGACAGUGUCGUCUCCCUUGGGUUUUGGCAUGGGCAACAAUCCAUUCUCCACCGACUUCUCGCAGACUUCCUCCGGCCUUCCUCCCGUCAACAGCCCUUUCGGUUUGCCGACAGGACAGCUCAACGGGGGCUUCGCCCCGGGCGACAUGUACUCGUAUAAUCAGCAGUUUGCGGGCUCUUUCCCUUCUUACACGCAACCCAACGAUCUCACCACGGUCUGCAAUGGCAACGUCUACAACGCCACCACCGCGUAUGGCCGGGGUGUCAUAGCUGCCAAGGACGACCCUUCUCACUUCCGAAAUGCGGUCAAGAAGACGCACAUGGCAACGGCUGCUGCCGAAGCCGACAUGUUCGACCGUGCCAUCUUGGAGAGCGCUUUGGCGGAGGACCGCCCAAAGCCAAAGGGGUGA